GGCAAAUGGCUACCUAACAAAUGCGAUUUUGCGCGCACUGCGCAUGCUCUCCAAUGGACUAUUUUCUUGGCUCUUGUGUUGUAGUGCAGUGUGCAGUAUCAGAGGAAGGUUUUUAAUGUGCAGCAUAUUAGUAAGAAAAAGUCUGUUAACUAUUAUAUAAGGAAUAUCACCGUAUAUAAUUUAAAUUAUGGCUAUCGAGAAAAUUUUGCAAAGCAAAAAAAAUGCAAAUUGCAUUUUGGAUUUGGAAAAAACUUUGUUGUCUAAUGAUGAUGAUAGUAUUCUUUCGACCAUGGAUACAUUUCAGGAAUUGUUCACUCAACUUUUUUUGAAAAAUUUGAUCCAGUUAAUACCUGGACUAGAUAAAAAUGAAGAAAAAUAUAGGCUUUGGCUUAUCGAAAGAAAAAAGGAUUUAAUUAACAAUUUGUUGAUUUAUUUAAAUCAUGAUAAUGAAAAAUUGCAGAAGAAAAGUCUUGAUGUUCUUUUGACCCUUGUUAAGCUGGAAAGUGUAAAUAAAGAUGUAUGGGAUUUUCCUAAAGAACUCUUUGGGAGAAUAAUUUUUGAACUGCUUUCUCCACAUAUUGAUCAGCAAACUAACAUUCUUAGAUUCCAAGUAUAUGCUUCAUAUGAUGAUAUUUUUAUGUACACAUUGAAAGCAAUAAUGAAUAUAUUGGAUAAGAAAGAAGAGGUUACAGAUAUUUUCUUAACUAACCUUUUUUAUCUUCUGAAUGCACUGAAAUAUCCUGAUGAGUUCCAUACUUCUAAAGUUAACACUCUUCUACCUCAAGAUAGUUUGAAGACACCUUUCUGUUUAAAAGAAAAGGUUAUUUGUAAAUUAUUUUCAAAUACAUGGAAUAGAUUUUUAAAAUUUCAGCUCCCAUUCCCUGUUCUCAAGAGAGUGUUACUGGUCUUGCAUAAAAAAGUGAUUCCUCAUCUACAGAACCCAUAUCUACUGACAGAUUUUCUCACUGAUUCUUACAAGCAGGGAGGUAUAAAUAGUUUAUUGUCUUUGAAUAGCCUGUACUUUCUAAUGGCUCACUAUAAUGUAGAAUAUCCUGACUUUUUCAAGAAUUUUUAUUGUUUGAUUAGUAAAGAUGUAGUAAAUGGAAAAUUUAGCUCAAGGUUUUUUUACCUUUGUGAUCUUUUUCUGUCAUCCACGCACUUACCUGCAUAUUUGAUUGCUUCAUUUGCUAAAAGACUAAGCAGAAUUGCUUUAUUAUCAAAAACUGACAGCAUUUUGAAAAUAAUUGUUUUAGUUAUAAAUUUAUUUAUUCGUCAUAAGACUAUAUCUGUACUUAUCCACAAAGAAAGCCCCACAGAAUUAUCUGAAGAUCCAUUUGUUUUUGAGGCAUCCGAUCCUGCAGAAAGUCAUGCAUUAGAAAGUUCUCUGUGGGAAAUAAAGACAUUGCAGAACCACAUUAUUCCAGAAAUCUCUCGUAAAGCUAAAAUUCUAAAUCACCCUUUGCCUUCUGUAGAACUGGAUUUCUCUUCAACAUUAGAUAUCUCACUGGAUUCUCUGUACAGAAAAGAAAGGAAGCGGAAAUUCGAGGAGGUACCUCUAGUAGUAAGCAGGCCUUUUAAAACUUGCUGAUGAGAAAGACUGCCAUAAAAUUGUAUCCGUGUAAAUAAUGUGAAGAUGUAUAUUUUUGAUUAAAUUUUUACUCUUUA